AAAUAUUGUAACGUACACAUGUAUGUCUAAUUGUCCAAGUAUAUAUAAAUUCUAGGAGGACACAGAAAGCUAGUGAGUAUGGAAAUCGCAAUAGAAUUAGGAAAUAAUUACGAAUUGAGAUUUGAGAAGUUGAAAAUGAUAUAAAUGCUACGAUUUCAAAGAGGUGCGCUUUUCUCGCUAUUUCCAUUUUUCUGUUUCUCUCUCAUCCUUUCUGUAGCUGACGGCGAUGGCGGAAUCCAUUGUCGUCGUCUUCAUUAUGCUUCUUCUGGUUCUCUUUCUAAUCCUUCUUGCUUGUAAACCAUGGCGAUUCUUUUCUCGCUCUUAUCUUUCUCUCUCCAUCAAGGAUGAUGACUUAGAGAGGCCUUUGGCGCAAGAAAAAUCUGAUCAGCUUCUAAACUCAAGCCAUGAACCAUCGAGUAAUAGCUUUUUAGAGAGUUCUCAGAUGCAAACUGAAGGGAGAUUUACUUCACAUGGAGCACAAAGUCUAAAGUACAAACACAAGCUACCCCCUCGUAUACCUCACUUGACUCAAGAUGAUAGUUUGACCAUAGAUAUAGGUGAUAUGGGAGAAGACCUUUUAGUUGGUCAAACCUUAAAGCGUCCGUUGUCGACAAGCCAUAUUUUUGAAGAGCAGAAACACACUUUAAAGAAAGGCCCUUAUAGGGAAUCAAGAUCUAGGCCAGAUGAGGUAGAAGUUCAUAGAAUUUUUGGAGAUAUUUUAGAUCAAGGUGCAGGAACUUGCCUCUCCCUUGAAGUUAUCAAAGGCCCAGCAUGCGGGCUUCAGUGUUCAUUGUUGUCUAGUGAUAUUUCUAAGCUUCCAUUGACUCUUGGAAGGGUACCACCUAGUAACUUGUUACUGAAGGAUUCAGAGGUUUCAGGAAAGCAUGCUAUGAUAAAUUGGAAUUCCGAUAAAAUGAAAUGGGAACUGGUGGACAUGGGUAGUCUUAAUGGAACUCUUCUAAAUGCAAAGGCCAUACAUCAUCCUGAUUUUGGAAGCAGAACUUGGGGUGAACCAGAGGAGCUUCUUAGUGGUGAUAUAAUCACUCUUGGCACCACUUCUCAGAUAAGAGUGCAAAUUACGUCUCUGACUGAAUCAGAGGUUUCAUUUGGAGUUGGCAUUGCGUCAGAUCCCAUGUCUACACGUCGUGGGGGAAAAAAGCUUCCCAUGGAAGAUGUCUGCUAUUACAGAUGUCCGCUUCCUGGGAUAGAGCAGUUUGGACUUUUUGGUAUUUGUGAUGGACAUGGUGGAGCAGUUGCAGCUCAGUCUGUGAGCAAAAUUCUUCCGGAGAACGUAUCAACUAUUUUAUUGGAUUCCUUAAGAAGGGAAAGGGUUUUAUCUCGGCAAGAUGCAUCUGAUGUCCUUAGGGAAGCAUUUUACCAAACUGAAGCAUGUUUAAAUCACUAUUACGAGGGUUGUACUGCAACACUGCUUCUAAUUUGGGGCGAUGGUUAUGACAGUUUCUUUGCUCAAUGUGCCAAUGUUGGAGACUCAGCUUGUGUUAUGAACGUUAAUGGGAAACAGAUUAAUAUGACAGAAGACCAUAGGAUUUCUAGCUAUUCUGAGAAGCAACGUGUCAAGGAAAUGGGAUACCCAUUAAAGGAUGAGGACACUCGCCUGUGUGGUCUAAAUCUCGGGAGGAUGCUUGGUGACAAGUUUCUGAAGGAGCAGGAUGCACGGUUUAGUUCAGAGCCCUAUAUAAGCCAAGUUGUCCGUAUUGGUCAACCAAGUGGAGCCUUUGCAAUAUUGGCGAGUGACGGUUUGUGGGACGUCAUCAGUGCAAAGAAGGCAAGUCAGCUCGUUCUCGAGGCAAAGGAGACAUACUCUGCAGAUAGGAAGGAUUCUGCGCAGAAGAUAGCGGAGUUCUUGUUAGACAAGGCUAAGAAAUCGCUUACAAAAGAUAACACCUCCAUAGUUUAUGUAGAUUGUGACAUUGCUUUGAGAACCUUGUGUAAAUAUGAUUCUUGAUAUGUAAUAAUCUAGGGUUUAGUCGAUAAUCAUCAACAAAACAUGGUAAGAGGUUGUUUGGGGGAUUGGGUCCUGGAUGGCCAUCCCAUAUGACAAAUACAGCACAAUUUUCCUUGAAUCUCUGGAGCCUGGCAUCGCGCUGCUAAGAUCUUGGAGUCAAUCUAUCCAGGCCAGAAUGUCUAAAUGCAUGUCCAUAAUUUACAGCUUAUAAAGGAGUCAAUCUUCUGCAGUUCGAAAUUUAUGUUCUCCGAGAAGCUGUUAUAUUUGUCGUCAUAUGAUAUGCUCAAUGGAUUUUCAUGGUCUUGCUCCUGCUUUCUUGUUGAUUAAUAUAUGGAUGACAAAAUGGUUAUGGAAAAAUGAAUUUGUGGUAUUCUUUGUAGUUACAUUAUAACAAAAUGUUGUGUACAUCAUUUUCAGGAAGAAUACCUCAGUUGUCAAUGAUGCAAUACUUGGUUGAUGUAUGCUUAUGGCUGAGCUGUGCAUAAAUAAACUUAAAUUCAUUAGCAAGAGUUCGGCAGUUGUAGAUGUACCUCAUAUUUAAUUGAAGUAAUGUCAGACUUCAUUUAUCUUUUCAA